AUGGAUAGCAAGAAUAUGUUGGAUGCUGCUCGCACAGGAAAUCUUGAGGUUCUUAAAUUUGUUCUUGAAGAAAAUCCGUCAAUUCUUGCUGAUUUAAGACUAAUAUCGCCCACAGAAUCUCUUCUACACGUUGCAACCAAAGCUGGGCAGCUUAAUUUUGUGCAUGAACUUAUGAAACUUGAUCCUGAAAUUGCUGAAGAAUUGAACAAGGAUGGCUUCAGGCCUCUGGAUAUUGCUGUAAUCAUGGGAAACUUGUUGAUACUAAAGGAACUUCUGAAGGCAAAUAGCAAAUUAUGUCGGCUCAAAGGCAAAGACCAAAGAACAGCUCUUCAUUAUGCUGCUAUCAAGGGUAGAGUUGAUAUUAUUGAUGAAUUGUUGUCUACGUGUCCAGAUUCUAUUCAAGAUAUCACAGGUCAUGGGGAGACUUUCCUUCACCUUUCUGUGAAAAAUUACCAGUGUGAUGCGUUUAGUAUGUCGAUCAAGUGGCUGGAGAGACUUGGCAUGGAAUCAGUUGUAAAUUUGGGGGAUUGGGAUGGGAACACUGUAAUGCACAUUGCAGUUUUUACAAAACAACACGCGGCCAUAGAACUACUCCUUAACAGUAACAGGGUCAGAGAAACAAUAAAGGUCAAUUCGACAAAUGCCAAACAUUUGACAGCACUAGAUAUAUUGGACAUUGUUAUUGAAAAUUCUUAUGAUGUCCGGAUCAGAGAAAUUCUACAAGCAGCAGGAGCAGUUAGAGCACAAGAUGCUCUUACUAUCAGAACAGAAAAUUCACCAAAAACCAAACCAAUCAAGCAGCUGGAAGAUCCUCUGCCUUCGAUGGAUUGGUUCAAAUAUUUCAAAUUUCAGAUGCAAAGAGAUUCACCUAGUGACACCCGAAAUGCACUAUUAGUUGUGGCUGCACUGAUUGCCACAGUGUCCUUUCAAGCAGGCGUGAAUCCUCCGGCAGGGAUUCUGGAUAACACUUCGGAUAAACAACCUUCCAUUGGCUCUGGAUAUCCACCACCAGGCCCACCCCCUUACUUUAUCCCAGCAGGGACGACUUUACUCGCUGGUGCUGCAGGAAUUUUAGGGUCUCAGGCUACUGCACAAUUGUUCUUGUUCGCCAACUCUUUAGGUCUCACUGCAUCAGUAUGCAUCAUAAUAUAUCUCACAGGAGGGUUUCCAUUUCAAAGGGAACUUCACAUAUCCUUAUAUUCUAUGAUGUUCACUUAUGGUUUCGCAAUCAGUGCUAUACUCGAAGGAGCCAAAGCGGAAAACAAAGUGGUUGCAUACAUCGUGUUAACAAUUGCCUUCAUUUUGCCAUUCGCACAGCGAUGGCUGCCAAGGUGGGGAAGAAAAGCUUGGAAGCAUUGGAAACAAAAGAGCAUGCACAGUUAA